UGUUUUUUUACAUUGACCUUGUAUAUCAGCUUACUUUUAAGCUACGGAUUGCCAUGUACGGGAAUCAAUGUAAUGUGAAUCCACAAAUUGCUAAUUUCUUCAAUCAAGUUGAUUUAAAUAGAAGUGGUUCCAUAUCUGCAGAUGAGCUUCAAAAAGCACUGAACAAUGGUUUAGGCACUGCAUUCAAUAUGCGAACAAUUGAUCUUAUGAUAUGUAUGUUUGACAGAGAUAUGAAUGGUACAAUGAAUUUACAAGAAUUUAGUCAAUUAUUUGCCUAUGUACAACAAUGGCAAAAUUGUUUUCAAAACUAUGAUAGAGAUCGUUCAGGUACUAUUGAUGUCAAUGAAUUUCAAACUGCUUUAACAUCAUUCGGUUAUCGUUUAUCUCCACAAUUUAUUGGUCUUCUAGUUCGAAAAUUUGAUCGACAUCGACGUGGAUCUAUCACAUUUGAUGAUUUUAUUCUAGCAUGUGUUUGUUUAAAGAAUUUAACUGAUGGAUUCAAAAUUCACGAUCAUCAACGAAAUGGAAUGGCACAGCUUAGUUAUGAAAAUUUCCUAACUGCUGCAUUCAGUGUAAUCAGUUAGUUAGUUGGUUGGUAUCACAUCUAUCAUAUCCACCUCCUUCGCUUUUACUACAAGGCCGGGGGAUAGAUAACAAUCCUCAUAAGGGAUCAGCCAAAUUCAUAUCCUUUUUUUUUUUUAAAGAAAAGUUUAAAAGGGAAACAGGUGUUAAUGUUUAAUGCUUUGCUACUUGGUGUGAUUACUUUUUUGUUUCUCAACGAACUGUAAGAGACAGUCUUGUCUGUUUGAUUGAACCUCAGUAAUUUGUCAAUCGAACUUUGAUUAUGAGUAUUGUGAGUUUUUAUUUUAUACAUACACAGUUUAUCUCUGCUAUUGCACCUUUAUACAUAUUUUUUUUGUUGAUAAACAAUGACAAAUACAGGUGAACGUUUGUUUUA